AUGCCUCCUGCUAUACUUAUCAGGGGUACCCUCCUUGGUCACAAUAGGAUGAUAAAGGAGGAAGCAAGGGAGGCUCUAAUUGAGGAGCUCGGGGCGGAUCCUGAGGAUGCGCUUGAAGAGGUGGAGAGGAUCCACGACGCGCACGUGAGGUUUUCCUUCUUGACGCGACUGUACGAGGCUGAGCUCCUUGCGGCACAACAGGCUGCUUGUGACCUAGUAGAGGUGGAGAUACACAGACAACGGGUGCUGAGAUGUUACUUCCUAUUUUUGUUAGGCACUCAGCUGUUUGUGGACUUGAGCUCCUCGUACACAUAUAUCGUUUACAUGAGGUACUUAUCGAAUACCCACUUCCCCGUGAUCAUUGGCUGGGGAGAGGUGCUUGGCUACACUGAGGCCAUGUCGCGUGCUAGUGCCUUCAUCCCCCUUAGAGGGAACCAGGUGCCAGAUCCUUACAUGCACUCUCUUGAGCGCAUGGCUGCAGGGGACAUCCGAUACGACUGCUAUGCUAUUCAUUGUGGGAUGAUUGCGUGGGAUGACAUUGCGCUAUAUUCUGGAUGGUUGGCUGCCAGUUCGACCAUCACUGUUCGUUAUCUUCCGGAGCGCGUCAUGCGACAAUUCAUCUACUGUCAGACGAUACCUCACCACCCUUCUGUCUCAACUCCUAUGCUGAUGAUCCGUCGACAGAUAGAUGAGGUCUUUGCAUACAUUUAG